ACGGGGCCCACUUCCUUAGUCAUUUUUCCACUCGUAAGUCACCCGCCGUCAACGCCAGUCGCCGCCGCGGCCAGAGUUCAUCUUGCCGGACCCGGACGGCGGAGAACGCUUCUCCCUCCCUCGCCAACAUCACCUUUCCCUGUCCCACCAUCACCAUCACCUCACUCGUCGGAACCAGUAACCACCCCGUGCGCCCUCUCCUUGGGCCGCCGCCGUCACCCUCUGCCCCCUCCACUGGACACGGCAGGCCCGGCUUGUUGGCACCCAAAUCAGGCCGCCGUACCACGGAUCUGUUCGGAUCCGCUUGCCGGACGCCAGGGAGGCCAGCCGAUUAACCCUCCGUACGUUGUCUUCACCGCCUCCCCCGCCGGCGCCAGGUAGCUCGGGACCCUUCUUCUCCGGUCGCACGAAACGUUAGACCCCAAGCAAGCAAAGAGGAAACAUUCCCCUCUGCUCCCUGUGCAGUCUUCACCAUGGAAACCGCCAGCAAAAACGUCACCAAUGUAGUGCGCUCCAUGAAGCUGCUCAAGGUCGACGGCUACUGUGCCACCAAAACUAUGGGCAACGACGACUGCAUCAAGUCCACCUACAGCAUUGGUGGGUAUGAGUGGGAGAUCUGCAUCUACCCUGCCAUGAUGCCCCGCGCACGCGACGGCACCCCGUGGGUGGCGGUGAAGCUCGUGUUCCUCAGCGAGACCUGCCCGUCCAUCGUGAGGGCGAACCUGAGCUGUCGUCUGGUUGAUCCGAGAAGCGUGCUUCGACCGUCUGAAGAAAAGAGUGUGUCAUGUAUAUUCAACCGUUCAUGGGUAUCUCGUUGUCUCCAGAUGUGCUCGCCUUUCGUGAGUGAAGAUUGUUCACUUCCAGUUCGUCUCAUGUCGACGGGCAGCCUGGCAUCAUCCGGUUUUCUCAGGAAUGAUUCUUUUACCGUGCUAUGUGUCAUCACGUUGCUGAAAGAGGAUUUGCCAGCACGAGCAAUCCCAGGUAAAGAAGUGACUGGGUCAUCACCUAGCCUGCAGAAACACCUUGCUGAGCUCCUGCACAGUGGGUUGGAAGCGGAUGUCACAUUUGUUGUAUCUGGCAAGUCUUUCGCUGCACACAAGGUCAUUCUGGCUGCAAGGUCCCCUGUACUGAUGGCCGAGUUCUUUGGCCACAUGAAGGAGACGAGCUCUCAGCGCGUCGAGAUCAAGGACAUUGAUGCGGUGGUAUUCAAGUCGUUGCUUUACUUCAUCUACACUGACUCUGUGCUGGAAUUUGAUCAGCAGCAUGAGGCGGUCACUAUGUUGGCUCAGCAUUUACUUGCAGCUGCUGACAAGUAUGGACUGGACAGGCUCAAGGAGAUCUGCGAAGGUAAGCUCUCUGAUGGCAUCAGUGUCGACACGGCAGCGACAACUCUGGCUUUAGCUGAGCAGCAUAACUGCCCCAAACUCAAGGUGAAGUGCGUUGAAUUCAUAGUUAGUACUCCUGAGAUUCUUGAUGCUGUGUUGGCGACGGAUGGAUAUAAGCAUCUGGAGGCAAGCUGCCCUAUGGUGUUGCCUGAGCUUCUUAAGUCUGCGCGGGGAAGAAAGAGUUGAAGGGUAACCAUAAUAGUGCUAAUGGUCCAAGUUUUUAUCAUACCUGUAGUCUCUGUUUAUGGUUGCCAUGCAUGUGUGGUCUAGUAAGAACCCUGUGUCUGUAUUCACCUCAAAUGGAAAACCUUAUGCUCAUCUACUUAUGUUUAUGAUCAACUUAUUGCUUGCA